AUGAAGUUGAUCGCCCAGAACGUCGCCCGACAGGUCUCCCGAUCGUUGGUCUACGAUGCUACUCGACCAAACUUGAAAAUUGGCGCCAACACUAAGGUGAUCGUUCAAGGCUUCACCGGCAAGCAGGGUACUUAUCACUCCGAGCAGGCCAUUGCUUACGGUACACAGGUCGUCGGUGGUGUCACUCCCGGCAAAGGUGGCCAGGAGCACCUUGGCGUUCCUGUUUUCAACUCCGUCGCUGACGCAAGAAAGGGAACUGGUGCCGACGCUACCGUCAUCUACGUCCCUCCCAAGUUCGCCGCCAACGCCAUCCUUGAUGCCAUCGAAGCCGAAAUUCCUCUUGCCGUCUGCAUCACUGAAGGUAUCCCCGCCCAGGACAUGGUCCGCGUCAAAUCUGCCCUGAUCCAGCAGGACAAGACCCGACUUAUCGGUCCCAACUGCCCCGGCAUCAUCUCCCCCGAGCAGUGCAAGAUCGGUAUCAUGCCCGGUCACAUCCAUCAGCGAGGAAAGAUUGGUAUCGUCUCUCGAUCCGGCACACUCACUUACGAAGCUGUGCACCAAACUACCGAGACUGGAUUCGGCCAGACCCUCUGCAUUGGUAUCGGUGGUGAUCCAUUCAACGGCACCAACUUCAUCGAUUGCCUCGAAGUCUUCCUCAACGACCCAGAGACCAAGGGUAUCAUGAUGAUCGGUGAAAUCGGUGGUGAUGCCGAAGAGCAGGCUGCUGAAUACCUCCGAGAGCACAACUUCAGCCAGGCCAACCCCAAGCCCGUCGUUGCAUUUAUCGCUGGUUCUACUGCUCCUCCCGGACGACGAAUGGGUCACGCCGGUGCUAUCAUCUCUGGCGGCAAAGGAACUGCCGAAGCUAAAUUCGCUGCUCUCGACGACGUUGGAGUCGUCACCACCAACUCGCCCGCUCAGAUGGGCAGAUGCAUGGUCCGAGCCUGGUCCGAGUACUACAACUAA